AUGCGAACAAAGAGGAGGCGCACUGCGCAUCUGCGUCCGCCCGCCGCCGGCGCCAUUGCUGGAAGCGUUCCCUCCCUGCUCCGCGAGCGCCCUCUCCUCAGUCGCCGUCAGGACUCCACUCAUUCCAGAGAGGGUAGCCCAGAGCGAGAGAUUAUGGCUACUAUGGUUUUUUCAGCUGGACCUCUGAGUCCUGAAGUUUUCCAGCCAGAUGAAGACCAUCACCUUCAAGUAGAAGAACCAGAAUUGGUAAAGGAAUUGGUGACAUUUAAAGAUGUGGCUAUAGACUUCACAUUGGAAGAGUGGAGGUUGAUGGACCCCACACAGAGGAACCUACACAAGGAUGUAAUGCUAGAGAAUUAUAGGAAUCUUGUCUCCUUGGGGCUUGCAGUUUCCAAACCAGACAUGAUAUCUCAUUUGGAAGAUGGGAAAGGACCUUGGGUGGUAGUGAGAGAGAUAUCAAGAACCUCCAAUCCAGAGUUGGGGACCAAAUCUACAACCAAGAAUACUAUACUACCAGAGAAUAUUUUUGAAGAACAUUUUCCACAUGAUACCGUAGUAGAGAAACUCACAGAAAAUGGCCUGUGGGACACCAGAAUGGGAGAAUUAUGGAAAUGGAGUGACAGGAUAUUGAGAUUGCACAAUAGUGAGGAGAGUCAUUUGAGUCAAGGAAUAGUUACACACAAGAAAAUUCCCAUGAUUCAAAAAGGCUUUAGGUUUGGAUUUAUUCCUUUUCUAGAACCGGGAGUUAUCACAGAAGAGUCCCACAGCAAAUACCAAACACAUGAGGAAAUUUUCACAGAGAAUUUAGAUUUGAUUACAGAUACCUGUUUGGGGAAGAAAAUUUCCAAGGAUACAAAAGGCAGCAAAAUCAUAAGCCCUGCUUCAGAACUCACUUUAGGGGAAAAAAACAAUAAUAAAGAAAAACCUUAUAAAUGUAGUACAUGUGAAAAGGCCUUCCGUUAUAGGUCGUUACUCAUUCAACAUCAGAGAACUCACACUAAAGAAAAACCUUACGAAUGUAAUGAAUGUGGGAAAAUGUUCAGCCAGCCUUCAUAUCUUAGUCAACAUAAAAAAAUUCACACUGGAGAAAAACCCUAUAAAUGUAAUGAAUGUGGAAAGGCCUUCAUUGCUUCUUCAUCACUUAUGGUACACCAGAGAAUUCAUACUAAGGAGAAACCUUAUCAGUGCAAUGUCUGUGGAAAAUCUUUUAGCCAGUGUGCCCGCCUUAAUCAGCACCAGAGAAUUCAAACUGGAGAGAAGCCCUAUAAAUGUAGUGAAUGUGGAAAAGCUUUUAGUGAUAAAUCAAAACUUGCAAGACAUCAGGAAACUCACAAUGGAGAGAAACCCUACAGAUGUAAUGAUUGUGGGAAAGCCUUUAGGAAUAAGUCUUAUCUUAGUGUACAUCAGAAGACCCAUAAUGAAGAGAAACCAUAUAAAUGCAAUGAGUGUGGGAAAUCUUUCAAAAAUACAACAAUCUUUAAUGUUCAUCAGAGGAUUCAUACCGGAGAGAAACCCUUUAGAUGUAAUGAAUGUGGGAAAGCUUAUAGAAGUAACUCAAGCCUAAUUGUACAUAUAAGAACUCAUACUGGGGAAAAACCAUAUGAAUGUAACAAAUGUGGGAAAGCAUUCAAUCGUAUAGCAAAUUUCACAGAACAUCAGAGGAUUCAUACAGGAGAAAAACCCUAUAAAUGUAAUGAAUGUGGGAAAGCAUUCAUUAAUUAUUCAUGCCUUACUGUACACCACAGAAUGCAUACAGGAGAAAAACCUUAUAAAUGUAAUGAAUGUGGAAAGGCCUUCAUGCGUUCUUCAUCUCUUAUUAUACAUCAGCGGAUUCAUACUGAAGAGAAACCUUACCUCUGUAAUGAAUGUGGGGAAUCUUUCAGAAUAAAAUCACACUUAACUGUACAUCAGAGAAUUCAUACUGGAGAGAAACCAUAUAAGUGUCCUGACUGUGAGAGGGCGUUUACCAAGAUGGUAAAUCUCAAGGAGCACCAGAAAAUUCAUACUGGCCUAAAACCCUACAAGUGCUAUGAUUGUGGAAAGUCCUUCAGAACUAAGUCAUACCUUAUUGUACAUCAAAGGACUCAUACUGGAGAAAAACCAUAUAAAUGUAGUGAAUGUGAGAAAGCUUUCACUAAUACAUCACAGCUUACUGUGCAUCAAAGAAGGCAUACUGGAGAAAAACCCUAUAAAUGUAAUGAAUGUGGGAAAGUUUUCACAAGUAACUCAGGCUUUAAUACUCAUCAAAGGACACAUACUGGGGAGAAACCCUUUAAAUGUAAUUACUGUGGUAAAGCAUUUAGCCAGAUGGUACAUGUCACAGAACAUCAGAAAAUCCAUAGUGGAGAGAAACCCUAUAAAUGUGAUGUCUGUGGGAAAGCCUUUAGGAGGGGUUCAUACCUUACAGUGCAUUGGAGAACACAUACUGGAGAAAAACCCUAUACAUGUAAGGAAUGUGGGAAAGGUUGUAUUACUCUAUCACAGCUAACUCUACAUCAGAGAAUUCAUACUGGAGAGAGGCCCUAUAGAUGUGAAGAAUGUGGGAAAGCCUUUAGAACUAACUCAGACUUUACUGUACAUCUGAGGAUGCACACUGGAGAAAAACCCUAUAAAUGUAAUGAAUGUGGAAAAGCCUUUAGGAGUAGCUCAAGCCUUACUGUACAUCAGAGAAUACAUCAGAGAGAAAUUCAGUUAGUAUAGAGAACAGUAAAUUAUCCAGAUGUUAAAAAUCUUAUAAACUAUAUUUUAUGAAUGGGGGAAUUUUUCAGGAGCAAGUUGCCAGAAAAUACACACCGAGGAGACACUUAAGAAUGUAGAUAAGCAAUUGGUCAUAGAAGUUAUAAGAAAAUUCAUAAUAAAAAGGGUAAAUGGAA